AUGUCGGCAUCGAAGUCAGAACCAGUUCACAUUGAAAAAAAUGUAUUAUUCGAAAUUGCAACGAACUUUUGGAACAUAAGAGCCAGUUUUAAAGUUUUAGUUGGUCUACUUGAUGUUGGUACACAUAUGUCAUUAAUUCGAUUAAAUAAUGGAAAAUUUCUGGUCAUCGAUACGGUACCAUUGACUGAUCAUACACAAACUGAAAUCAAUCAUUUAACAGACAAUGGAAAAAAUAUCGAAGCUGUUAUUGCUGUACAUCCAUUUCAUACAUUAGCAUUUCCAGCAUUUUAUGAAGCAUUUCCAAAUGCUAAAUAUUAUGGUACACCGAGACAUUUACGACGAUUAACACAAAUACCAUGGGCUGGCUCACUUGAAGAUUGUCAAACGAGAAAAAUAUGGGAACCCGAAGUAGAAUUGAGAAUCCCAGCAGGUGCUGAAUUUGUAAAUCCAUUACCUGAAACAAGUAAUCAUUUUGUAAGUGUUUUUGUAUUUCACCGUCCAUCUCGUACUCUACAUGUUGAUGAUACAAUUGCCUACGGAGAUCAUCCAAGUUUUCUACUUAAAUUAAUUGGCUUUAAACAUGGCUCAAUGGCAUUUCAUCCAUCAAUUAAGGGGCCAGGAUUACAUUCAACUCCGGAAGCUCCCUUCGAAUUUCGUAAUUGGAUGAAGACUAUAUUAAAUGAUUGGCCUUUUGAUAAUAUUUGUUGUGCACAUAAUGGUGUUAAAAUUGGUGGAGCACAUGAUCAAGUUAUUGAAUUAGUUAAUCUGGCUGAACCGCUAUUUAACAAAUUAAGUGAAAAAAAUCGAAAGAAACAUUCAAGCCAUGAUGCGCCUGCUGCGAAUCCUACAAAUAUGAAUGUUAGUGGAGAUGAAUGUGGUUAA